AUGAGCAUCACUUUUCAUAACUUAUGGCUACUUUUGACAGUGUUAUGCACUGCAGGUAUUCGUGCGCACGGUGACUGGAGAGAUUGCUAUGCUGGUAGGAAACCCCCACCGGCAGGACACGUACGUGUGGUGUGCAGUUUGGCGGAACAACUUCGAGGUUUACCGGAUACAAUAAGUUCUGCUCUUGUUACUGCCGCUGCUGCUUCGAGUAAGGCAUUUGAAGCAAAGGUACAAGCAGAGGAAGCUGUGGAACUUGCCGAGUCGAGAGGCCUAAACGUUACGAAAGCGAAGGAAGCUGCUGUGAGAGCAACACUUGCUGCUGAAGCUGCGGCUACAGCUGCAAGUAAUGUGGAAAUUGACGCUGCAAAUGUCACUUCCUCCCGUCUGGCUCGUCGCAAUCCUAACACAGGCUUUGAGAAAGUUGCUAUGUGCGAAAACUUGGACAAGGAUUUGCGGGAGGCGGCAGCAAAGUGCACAAAGAAAGCGGAGAACGUGACAACCCAAUCACUCAGUGAGACACUUCAUAGGUUGGAGAAUCUGUACACUAAUAUGAGUGCUCUUGAAUCCUUACGGGUCGAACAUGUUGAAAUUGAACGCUUUUUUGAGAUGCUCGAAGAACACGUGGAGGAGGCUGUCCGUGCACAAAGACAAGCUGAGGAAGCAGCUGCCGAGGCAAUUAAAAUAGUAGCUGCUGAUGAGGAGGUGAGAGGAUACAAAAAGGAAGAAAUUAAUCAAGUAGCAGGGACAAAAAAAGGUCAUGAGGCAAAUCAAACAACCGGCACAAAUACGGGACCAGUUGUGAAUUCCGUUGCAUCACCUGAAGGGUCAGUGCUGCUACUGAUGGCUGGACUGUUUCUCGGUUCUGUACUGUAA